AUGCGUUCGUUUGUCGCCGCACGAGGGCCUGCCGUGAGGACUCUUCUGGUAAGCAGCCGCGCCGGCAGCAGUUUCUUCGCCUCCGUUCCCAUGGGAGAGCCGGACUCCAUCUUGGGCCUCUCGCUCGAGUGCCAGCGGGAUCCCCACCCCGAGAAGGUAAACCUCGGCGUUGGGGUUUACCGCGACGACGCGAACCGGCCGUACGUUCUCGAAGCGGUGAAGAAGGCGGACACCGGCAACGACUUGGAGUACGCCCCGAUCAACGGUGUGCCGUCCUUCGUGAAAGCGGCGCAGAAGCUGUGCUUCGGUGAGGAUUGCCCGGCACUCCGCGAUGGACGCAUUGCGAGCUGCCAGACGGUUGGAGGGACCGGUGCGCUGCGCCUUGGCGGCGAGAUGCUCCACAACUUCGUGAACCAUUGCACCACAAUAUACGCGCCCAACCCCGGCUACGCCAACCACCCGGGCAUCUUCAAGAAGGCCGGAAUAACACUGCCGACCUACACGUACUACGACCCCGCCACGAGGGACAUUGACCUGCCCGGCAUGCUCAAGUCUCUGGAGGAGAUCCCGAAGCGCUCCGUUGUUCUGUUCCACGCCUGCGCCCACAAUCCUACAGGCGUGGACCCCACUCAGAGCGAGUGGAUGCAGGUGGCGGAGGUGAUUAAGCGACGAAAUCUCUUGCCUUUUGUGGACAUGGCUUACCAGGGGUUUGCCACCGGGGACCUCGACCGCGACGCCUUCUUGCCGCGCCACCUCGUCAGGACGGUUCCGAAUGUAAUCGUCGCUCAGUCCUUUGCAAAGAACUUUGGCCUGUACGGGCUCCGCUGCGGUGCUCUGCAUAUGGUUGUUGGUAGCCCGACGGAGGCGGAGCGCGUCCUCUCGCAGUACGCUCUCAUCACCCGUGCAAUGCACAGCAACCCUCCGCUCACCGGAGCCCGCAUUGUGAGCUCCAUUCUCUCCUCUCCGGAGCUCACGGCGCUGUGGAAGGAGGAGCUCAGGGGGAUGUCAGGCCGUCUGCACCAUGUGCGUCGCCGCCUGGUGAAGGAGCUGCAAGCCUGCGGGUCAAUGCGUGACUGGUCGCACAUUGAGCGUCAGAUCGGCAUGAUGUCAUACACGGGCCUCACGAAGGAGCAGGUGGAGGCACUGAAGAGGAAGCACCACGUGUACAUGACCCUGAAUGGCCGUGCGGCGAUUUCCGGGCUGAACAGCACCAACGUUCUCUACGUGGCAAAGGCCUUUCACGACGUUUCUCUGUAG